GCGCCUUGUUGGUUUCGGGUUGUCAGGCAGCGGCCGCGCGGGCCCGGCGGCGGUGGGCGUGCGGCUCGGCCAUGCCCGCGAUCUCGGCCUGAGCCCUUCCGCCCGCCGCAGGCAUGAAGGACAGCGGGGACUCCAAGGACCAGCAACUCAUGGUGGCGCUCCGGGUCCGGCCCAUCAGCGUGGCGGAGCUGGAAGAAGGAGCCACCCUCAUCGCCCACAAAGUGGAUGAGCAGAUGGUGGUUCUUAUGGAUCCAAUGGAGGAUCCUGAUGACAUCCUACGGGCGCACCGCUCCCGGGAGAAGUCCUACCUGUUCGACGUGGCCUUUGACUUCACUGCCACCCAGGAGAUGGUGUAUCAGGCCACCACCAAGAGCCUCAUCGAAGGCGUCAUCUCAGGCUACAAUGCCACCGUCUUUGCCUAUGGCCCCACAGGCUGCGGGAAGACCCACACCAUGCUGGGCACAGACCACGAGCCCGGCAUCUACGUCCGGACCCUCAACGACCUCUUCCGAGCCAUCGAGGAGACCAGCGACGACAUGGAAUACGAGGUGUCCAUGUCCUACUUGGAGAUCUACAAUGAGAUGAUCCGGGACCUGCUGAACCCUGCCCUGGGGUACCUGGAGCUGAGGGAAGACUCCAAGGGGGUGAUCCAGGUGGCCGGAAUCACCGAGGUCUCCACCAUCAACGCCAAAGAGAUCAUGCAGCUGCUGAUGAGGGGGAACCGGCAGAGGACCCAGGAGCCCACGGCCGCCAACCAGACGUCCUCGCGCUCCCACGCCGUGCUCCAGGUGGCCGUGCGCCAGCGCAGCCGGGUCAGGGACGUCCUGCAGGAGGUGCGGCAGGGCCGCCUCUUCAUGAUCGACCUGGCCGGCUCUGAGCGGGCCUCCCAGACACAGAACCGUGGGCAGCGCAUGAAAGAGGGGGCCCACAUCAACCGCUCGCUGCUGGCCCUGGGCAACUGCAUCAAUGCGCUGAGUGACAAGGGCACCAACAAGUACAUCAACUAUCGUGACAGCAAGCUCACCCGCCUCCUGAAGGACUCCCUGGGGGGAAACAGCCGCACCGUGAUGAUCGCCCACAUCAGCCCAGCGAGCAGCGCCUUCGAGGAGUCCCGGAACACCCUGACCUACGCCGGCCGGGCCAAGAACAUCAAGACCCGGGUGAGGGGGCCCCUGCUCUGUGCCUCCCGGACUCACCUUUCUGGGCCAAGACUCAAGCCCCCUGGACUGAUUCCAGCAGGCAAUCACACCAACAGCAGGGAGGCCAGUGGGAUCCCACCGACCUCUUUAGAGACGGUGAAGCAGAACCUGCUCAGUGUCUCCUACCACAUCGCCCAGUACACGAACAUCAUCGCUGACCUCCGGGGCGAGAUCCAGAGGCUCAAGCGCAAGAUCGAGGAGCGGGGCGGGCGGAGCCCGGACCGAGCCCAGCUGGGGCGGAGCGACAUCCGCCACAUCCAGGCCGAGGUGCAGCAGCACAGUGGGCAGGGCGAACAGGCCGCGAUGGAGCACCUUCGUGAGCAGCUGAUCAGCACCUUCCAGGAGCAGAUGGACGUGCGGAGACGCCUGCUGGAGCUGGAGAACCGCGGCACGGAGCUGCAGAUGGACACCUCCCGCCACCUGCUCACCAUCGCCAGCUGGAAGCACGAGAAGUCACGCCGGGCACUCAAGUGGCGAGAGGAGCGUCGGAAGGAGUCCUUCACUAAGGACGACCCCGGGAAGGACUUGGACACGGGUGAUGGCCAGCCAGACAUCGAGGAGCCCGCCGAGGUGGUGUCCGCCCACGAAAGCAUCGCUGCCUUGAUGACCAAGCAGAAGAAGCUGCGAAAGCAGAAGCUGGCGCUGGAGCAGCGGUGCCGAGAGCUGCGCGCGCGGGGCCGCCGCCUGGAGGAGACGCUGCCGCGGCGCGUCAGCUCGGAGGAGCAGCGCGAGGCGCUCGGCCUGCUCUGCCGCGUGCACGAGCUGGAGCUGGAGAACGCCGAGAUGCAGUCGCACGCCCUGCUCCGCGACGGCGCGCUCCGCCACCGCCGCGAGGCCCUGCGCCGCCUGGAGCAGCGCCGCAGCCUCUGCGAGGAGAUCAUCCGCGCCCAGCGGCAGCUCAUCCAGGACUGCAACCUGGCCGUCCCGCAGCACCUGGAGGAGCUGUAUGAAGUGUACCUGCGGGAGCAGGAGGAGGGCAACCUGGAGCGCGCCACCAUGAUGGACCGCCUGGCCUCUCGGGCCUUGCAGGACAGCGCCUUGCCCAAGAUUAGCCCCCCAGGAACCGUGCCGACCCCGGAGGAGUCUGACCUAGAGAACGUCAAGAUGCCGAACUCCGAGUCCCCGCACCGGCACAGGAGCUUCCUCCCUCUGCUCAGCACUGAGAGUGAAGCCAACCACGUGUUCAAGGCUAGCUCCCGGGCUUGGCAAGCGAAGGGCUCCUCUGUGCCCACCCCACCCCCUAUCCCGGCUGGCAACCUGGUGACACAGGAGGCCGCCACUCAGGUUGGUCUGAACGGCCAGAUCAACUCCUCCCCUGAAAGCAUCGAGAAUGUGUCGGAGAUCCCCUUGUCCCGCAAAGGGAGGAAGGAGAUCGUGAGCGACACCAAGAGCAUCUCCUUGAAGGCUGCCCGGCGCCGCUCGCAGGCCCUGGGGGCCGAGGGGCGCCAGCUGCUCACACCCACCAUGAAGCAUAGCAGCCUGUCUCUGCACUCGCUGGGCGAGACUGAUGACGUGCGGAUGCCCGGACCGCUGGCCUGCAAGCGGCCGCCCAGCCCCACCCUCCAGCACGCUGCCAGCGAGGACAGCCUGUCCAGCAGCACGGGCGAGUCGCCAUCCCAGGCGGUCGAACGUCACGGCGAUGGCCCCUGUCCCACGCUGCAAGACCAGAAGAAAAGCCUAAGCAAGAAACGAGAGAAGUCUCUGGAGGCAAAGAGGAAGCGGAAGUCUCAGUCUUUUGAAGUCACGGGACAAGGGGUAAACCUAGGGGGACAGGAGCUGGGGGUGUCUGGGCCCCCUCCUUGCUGGGUUCUGAAGGCUAGAUUCCUCCAGAGGCCCCACGGUACCCCUAACUCUGCACCACCCUCCAUGGCGUGUCCCCCAAGUGAACCUAACAUCUCCUUGUAUCAGAUCCCCACGCAGCUCCCAGCUCAUCUGGCUCUCCAGCCAACGCAGCUGUCCCGCCCCAAGACGCAAAUCGCUGGGCCCCAUCCCGUGGAGAGUAACAUCUCAGACCAGAGGAUGCCAGUGGUUGGGCACCUAACCCCUAGCAUCCGGCACCUGGGAAAGGCCACGCUGCCUAUGGCCAAGGUCAAACUCCCUCCGUGCCAGAACUUGGGCCCUGAGGACGUCUCCCCCCUUGCUGCCCCCUCCAACCCAGGGGAUGUUCCCGGACGGGUUACUCGGGUGCCCCGCCUGCCCCAUGACACAAGCAUCCAAGGCAAAGAUGGACGCUUGCGGCACAACUGAGGGGCCCUGCCUGCCCACCAAGGCUUGAUGGGGCAUGGCAGGAAAGGGAGACGGAGGCUGGGCAGAUGGGGAUGACCUGGCAUCAGAAGCUCGGGAUCUCAGAAGGCUGGGGCGCCUGGGGCCCAGGAAUCGUGGGGGUGCCUGCCCCCCACAGUUCCAAGGCUUCAGUGCCACUGGGAAGGGGAGCCGAGCCCAGGAGGCAUGGCCUGGAUGGCAGGGCUCCCUGGCCAGAGACUCCUGUUGCUGAAACUCUGUUCUAAGAUCUGCAACCAGACUUGGCCUGAGGAAUGGGGGGCGGGGGUGAAGCAGGGAGGGACUGUUAGAGGGAUAGGGCUCCUGGGCCCACAUCUGGGGCAAGGGCAAGCUGGAUGGUUGGGGAAGGGCCCGAUGGGCAUUUCACUUACUGUGGCUAGGGGGUGGGAAGGAAUCUAGUUUUGUUACUUAGCAGUCGCUUCUGCCUUCCCCCGUCCCCCCACUCUUUUUUAACAAUAAAAAUCCCGUUUGAGUUUUGUGGGUUGUUCCGGAAACUAGACCUUGUCUGAAAGGUGGGGUGGUCCUGACAGACUGGCUUCCCUUCCCGGGUGGUGCUCAUGGUAAAGAUCCUGCCUGCAAUGCAGGAGAUGCAAGAGAUGUGGGUUCGAUCCCUGGGUCAGGAAGAUCCCCUGGAGGAAUAAAUGGCAACCCACUCCAGGAUUCUUGCCUGAAGAAUCCCGUGGGUAAAGGACUGGCGGGCUGCAGUCCAUGGGGCCGCAAAGAGCCAGACACGACUGAGCGACUGAGCACAUCCCUGAUUAAGAUUCAACCCAAGUCCUCACCUCCCAACACACCCUCUUCCUCUCCGGCUGGUUGUAGAGCACCCAUCAACAAACUCCUGGGGGAAAGUGGUUUUCCUCCGGACCCUGAGGUCUCUCCCCAGGAAGGGCGGGGCUCUAAGGCCCAUUCGUGUCCUCUCCCACCAGUACACACCUCUGCCCAGACCCCCUCCCAGGAGAGGUCAGAGACUUAGGCUUGUGCUUACCCCUCCCACCCUGGGAAGUCAGGGCUCAGAAACUGCUGAGCUGAGCCCCUCAGUUUCAGGUGAGGAAGCU